UCUAAGGGAUUUUUGCAUUUUUGGGGGUUUGGGGGAGAGUUUGCGUUUGUUUCUUUUCACACUGGCCUUAAAGAGGAUAUAUUAGAAGUUGAAGUAGGAAGGGAGCAAGCCAGGCCGAUGGCGCAAAGGUACGACGAUUUACCCCAUUACGGUGGGAUGGAUGGAGUAGGGAUCCCCACCACCAUGUAUGGGGAUCCUCACGCCGCCAGAUCCAUGCAGCCUGUUCACCAUCUGAAUCACGGUCCUCCGCUGCAUUCUCAUCAAUACCCGCACACUGCUCACACCAACGCCAUGCCUCCCAGUAUGGGCUCCUCUGUCAAUGACGCUUUAAAGAGAGAUAAAGAUGCCAUUUAUGGACACCCCCUGUUCCCUCUUUUAGCACUGAUUUUUGAGAAAUGUGAAUUAGCUACAUGCACUCCCCGGGAGCCCGGGGUAGCGGGAGGCGAUGUUUGCUCCUCAGAGUCUUUCAAUGAAGACAUAGCUGUGUUCGCCAAACAGAUCCGAGCAGAAAAACCCCUAUUUUCCUCUAAUCCUGAACUGGAUAACUUGAUGAUUCAAGCCAUACAAGUAUUAAGGUUUCAUCUAUUGGAAUUAGAGAAGGUACACGAAUUAUGUGACAAUUUCUGCCACCGGUAUAUAAGCUGUUUGAAAGGAAAAAUGCCAAUCGAUUUGGUGAUAGACGAUAGAGAAGGCGGAUCAAAAUCAGACAGUGAAGACAUAACAAGAUCAGCAAAUCUAACAGAUCAGCCUUCCUGGAACAGAGAUCAUGAUGACACAGCAUCCACGCGUUCUGGAGGAACACCAGGGCCCUCCAGUGGGGGGCAUACAUCACACAGUGGCGACAACAGCAGUGAACAAGGUGACGGCUUGGACAACAGUGUAGCUUCCCCCAGCACAGGUGAUGAUGAUGAUCCAGAUAAGGACAAAAAGCGACAUAAAAAGCGUGGCAUCUUUCCCAAAGUAGCCACAAAUAUCAUGAGGGCAUGGCUGUUCCAGCAUCUAACACACCCUUACCCUUCAGAAGAACAGAAAAAACAGUUGGCACAAGACACAGGACUCACUAUACUUCAGGUGAACAAUUGGUUUAUUAAUGCUAGAAGAAGAAUAGUUCAGCCCAUGAUAGACCAGUCCAAUCGAGCAGUUAGUCAAGGAACUCCUUAUAACCCAGAUGGACAGCCAAUGGGAGGUUUUGUGAUGGAUGGUCAGCAACAUAUGGGAAUCAGAGCACCAGGGCUGCAAAAUAUGCCAGGGGAUUAUGUGUCUCGGGGUAGUCCAAUGGGUAUGAAUAUGGGACAGCCAAGUUAUACCCCGCCCCAGAUGCCCCCACAUCCUGCUCAGCUGCGUCAUGGGCCCCCCAUGCAUACCUACAUUCCUGGACACCCUCACCACCCAGCAAUGAUGAUGCAUGGAGGACCACCCCACCCUGGAAUGCCAAUGUCAGCAUCUAGCCCCACAAUGCUUAAUACAGGAGACCCAGCAAUGAGUGGACAAGUGAUGGACAUUCAUGCUCAGUAGCUUAAGGGAAUAUGCAUUGUCUGCAAUGAUGACAGACUUCAAAUAUUGUCUUUCUGCAAUGACUAUGGAGUUCCAUUCUUGGCAUCUACUUUGGACCAAGGAACAAUCUUAUUCUUCCAAGGGACCCUGGAAAGCAGGAAACACUACGUGAAGUCAACUUCUGGGGACAUGCUAAAUAACGAUCUAAGACAUGAAGAGAACAAAGAGUGAAAUAUUGUAAAAUGCUAUUAUACUGUUAUCCAUAUUACGUUGUUUCUUAUAGAUUUUUUUAAAAAAAUGUGAAAUUUUUCCACACUAUGUGUGUUGUUUCCAUAGCUCUUCACUUCCUCCAGAAGCCUCCUUAUGUUAAAAAGCCUUACAGUUAUCCUGCAAAUGACAGAAAGGGCUUAUUUGCAGGAUUUUUAGAGCAUUAAAAUAAUUAUGUCAGGCAGAAGAAUCUUUCUUCUAUCCUAGGAUUUCAGCCAUGCACACACACACGCGCACACACACACACACACACACACACACUCUCUCUCUCUCUCUCUCUCUCUCUCUCUCUAGCCUGGGGCGUGAAUUUGCAUGUCUAAUUCAUUUACUCACCAUAUUUGAAUUGGUCUGAACAGAUGUAAAUCGGGAAGGAUGGGAAAAACUGCAGUCAUCAACAAUGAUUAAUCAGCUGUUGCAGGCAGUGUCUUAAGGAGACUGGUAGAAGGAAGCAUGGAAACCAAAAGGCAGUGUAUUUGAAGCCUAAUUGUCACAUCAGAGCAUCAUUGUCCCCAUUCAGCAACACUUAUACAUCACUUCCUGUUUUAUGCAGCUCAAAACAUGAACUGAAGAUUUAUUUUUAAUAUGUUGACUUUAUUUCUGGGCAAAGCAUCAGUCGUGUGCAUUUUUCCAUAGUCCCAUCAUGGAGCGUUUAUGUAUACAUUGUAAAUAAAUUUUGUGCAAAAAGGACUGGAAAAAUGAACUGUAUUAUUGCAAUUUUUUGUAAAAGUAGCAGUUUGGUAUGAGUUGGCAUGCAUACAGAUUUACUAAGUGGGAUAAGCUAAUUAUACUUUUUGUUGUGGUUAAACAAAUGCUUGUUGAUAGCCUUUUUCUAUCAAGAAACCAAGGAGCUAAUUAUUAUUAAUAAUAAUCAAUGCACACUGAGUCUUAGAGUUUCUGAUUGAAACAGUUUGGAUUGUAUAAUAACUCAAAGCCCAGUUGUAGUAGUUUGAGUGCAGUAAUGAAAUCUGAAUCUAAAAUAAAAACAAAUUAUUUUUUGUCA